UCCUUCAUGGUGGGGAGGAGCGUAAUGUUUCUAUUUUACCGGCAGGUGGCGACAAAGAAAGUAGCAACGCACUCAAAUAUAAGCGUUCAAUUCCCUCGUUAUUUGCCGUUGAUUUAAAAACUACAGUUACACAGAUGUUCCGCCAUUUUAAACUUUAUCCCGACUUAAACAAAACUAUUACUUUCCUAACGAUUUAAUUUGUCCAGGUAAGUUUCUCUGAAUCAACCAGUGGACGGUGAUUGAAAAUCAAAUCGCGUUUGGUCUGGUUCAGUAUGUCCCCGUGCGGCUGCCGUAGAACCGGAAGAACAACAUGGUGCUGGAGAAGAAAACCUCCGCUCGGGUGGAGGGACAGCGCAGAGUCUUGGAUGAAGCGACGAGGCAGCGGCGUCAGACUCGUCAGCUGGAGGCUCUGGAGAAAGACAACUUCCAGGACGACCCUCUGUCCUCCCUCCCUCCCCCAGGUCCGACUGCUCGCCUGCCCGCCUUCAGUGAGACCGAGGAACCAGAGAAGAAGAGGAGGAAGACGAGGGGCGACCACUUCAAACAACGUUUCAGGAAAAACUUCACCACCCUGCUGGAGGAGGAGAACCUGUCGGAGAAGCCGGAGCCCAAUUACCUGUCAGCAGCAGGCCCCGUCUCAUCGCUGCCCCCACGUCACUUCUGCUGCGUCUGUGGUUUCCCCUCUCACUACACGUGCACCACCUGCGGGGGGCGCUACUGCUCCAGCAAGUGCCUGUGUACGCACAGAGAGACCAGGUGUUUGAAGUGGACGCUGUAACCGCCGCCUCGUUACUAUGGUGAUGGAAGCGAUGAGAUGCCGCUUGGUUCAGAAUGUUCAGGGACAUUGAAGCUUGGAGGUUUACACACUGACUCGUUUUGAUCCUGGUUCGGAGUUUACUGAGAGCACGGGACAUGCAUGUUCCAGGUAGACGUCAGACAGCAGCGUUUUUCAUUCCUCGUCCCAUAUGACCCAGUUAACCUGAGGGAGUUUUCAUGUUGAUGAGUUAGCAUCAUGUAAGAAUUGCCGUGACAGUUAAAAGGGCAGAAAAUACAUUUUUGUUGUAAUUAAUUUAAAUGGUCCAAUUUCUCCUGUUGCUGUCCAUGAGGUGUUCUGGUUAUUUUGUCCACAAUAUGUCAUGUUGUUUUGUAAAUAAGGAGGUUGUAGUUUCAUCCUUUAUUAAAGAAACACUGAAGUAGAA